CAUUUCCACGCAUCUUGCUCUGCUUCUCCUCUGCUUCUCUUUUGGUAGCUUUGCCGUGAUGGGGAGGCGGAGCUCGUCGACGGUGGCGGCGGUGUGCGUGGCGAUGUUGUUGUCGGCGGCGGCGGCGGCGGCGGCGCAGAAGUACAAUGCGGUGUACAACUUCGGGGACUCGAUCACGGACACCGGCAACCUGUGCACCAACGGCAAGCCGUCGCAGAUCACCUUCACGCAGCCGCCCUACGGCGAGACCUACUUCGGCUCCCCCACCUGCCGCUGCUCCGACGGCCGCGUCGUCGUCGACUUCCUCGCGACCAAGUUCGGGCUGCCGUUCCUGCCGCCGUCCAAGUCGACGAGCGCCGACUUCAAGAAGGGGGCCAACAUGGCGAUCACCGGCGCCACCGCCAUGGACGCCAGCUUCUUCCGCUCCCUCGGCCUCUCCGACAAGAUCUGGAACAACGGCCCCAUCAGCUUCCAGCUCCAGUGGUUCCAGCAGAUCUCCAGCUCCGUCUGCGGCUCCAGCUGCAAGAGCUACCUGGCGAACUCGCUGUUCGUGUUCGGCGAGUUCGGCGGCAACGACUACAAUGCGAUGCUGUUCGGCGGGUACAGCGCCGACCAGGCGAGCACGUACACGCCCCAGAUCGUCGACACCAUCUCCAGCGGCGUCGAGAAGCUCAUCGCCAUGGGCGCCGUCGACGUCGUCGUCCCCGGCGUGCUCCCCAUCGGCUGCUUCCCGAUCUACCUCACCAUCUACGGCACGUCCAGCAGCUCCGACUACGACGCCCUCGGCUGCCUCAAGAAGUUCAACGACCUGUCCACGAACCACAACAACCAGCUCAAGACUAAGAUCUCCGCACUCCAGACCAAGUACAAGUCGGCGCGCAUCAUGUACGCCGACUUCUACUCCGGCGUCUACGACAUGGUUCGCAGCCCUGGUUCCUACGGGUUCAGCACCGCGUUCGAGACGUGCUGCGGGUCGGGCGGCGGCAAGUUCAACUACAACAACAACGCGCGGUGCGGGAUGUCGGGCGCGUCGGCGUGCUCCAACCCGGCGUCGCACCUGAGCUGGGACGGCAUCCACCUCACCGAGGCGGCGUACAAGCAGAUCACCGAUGGCUGGCUCAACGGCCCGUACUGUAGCCCGGCCAUCCUCCACAGCUAGGCAAACGCCUGCGAAAAACAAGUCAUUAGUUAAUUUAUUAUACUGUAUUAUGGUUGGUGUUUAUUAAUUAAGUGGGAUUAAUUAAUUAAAGGGGGUUCUUGGGUUCUUGAUUUUUAUUUCGGUGAAAUGUUGACAUGCGUUGCCAAAAAGCAAAGAAAAUGAUGGCAACUGCAGAAUAAAUGUGUUCUUGUUGUAAUUUGAUAAUCUGAUCAAAUGAAUCAUCAACAAUGGUAUACUCAGUUUUCUUUCUU